UGUUGCCGCCGCCGCCGCCGCUGCCGCCAUGUUACUGCGCACCUUUCACACCGGCUGCAGCCGGACGCUGGGAGUUUUGCUGCGGGCCCAGGCGGCCGCUUGCUCGAUCCCAUGGCAGCGCUGGGCAGGCAGUGAGGCCGGCGACCGACACCGCUGCUACCGCCUCAACCACCGGCAGCUGGUGCGGCUGCGGGGCCGGGACACGGGCGCCUUCCUACAAGGCCUGGUCACCAACGACGUGGAGGAGGUGGCGAGCGGGUCCCGGGAGGCCGUGUACUGUCACCUGCUCAAUCUGCAGGGCAGGACCAUGUUCGAUGUCAUCCUCUACAGGCUGCUCGAAAGCCAAGAAGAGCCAACCAUUCUCGUAGAAUGUGAUGCCACACUGCUUGAUGAUGUUCGAAAGCACUUGAAAAUAUACAAGAUUAGGAGGAAAGUGGACAUAUCCCUUUGCCCAGAUCUCUCCGUGUGGGCAGUACUUCCACCUGAACACUCAGCAGAAACUAGCAGUGACAUAGCAGAAAAUGGGAAGAAUGUGUUGGUGUGCACACAGGAUCCUAGAACUGAUGCCAUGGGAUGGCGGUUGGUACUGAGCAAGGCUGUCAGUCCAUUAGACAUAAUCCCCGGAAGUCAUAUAGGUGAUAUCCAGGAAUAUCAUAGUCAUCGGUAUAAGAUAGGAAUUGCUGAAGGUGUGAAAGACCUCCCAUCUGGAGAAGCAAUACCUUUGGAAUCAAACCUUGUCUACAUGAAUGGGAUCAGCUUCACCAAGGGAUGUUAUAUAGGGCAAGAGUUGACGGCUCGGACUCACUACACAGGCGUAAUAAGGAAAAGGUUGAUGCCAAUCCAACUGGACAGCCCCAUCCCACCUGGCAAAGUUCCAGAAAAGGCGCAGAUUGUUACUGAAUCUGGAAAAUUGGCUGGAAGGUUCAGGAGUUAUGAGGGCGAUGUUGGUUUAGCCAUGAUUCGACUGGCUUAUGCCAAUGAACCUCUUCAUGUACUCACAGCAGGUGAUGUUCGGGUACGGUUGAGAGCAUCAAUGCCAAAUUGGUGGCCGAAGGAUGAAAAGAAUCAAUAAAAAUAUAUAUAUUUUGGA